UUCAAUCCACCCACGAAGGUGAGUUAAACAAGCUCAAAGUCCUGUGACAUUUAGAUACUGUGCGUGCACAUCGCGUAUCAUUUGUUAUAAAGAGCGUGCAUUUGCCUUGGCAAUACUGCACCCACUAAUGCUCUUCACAUAAGCUAACCGUUUGAGUAAGGCGCUGCACAAGUGUCCAGCCCAAGAUAGCAGGUGUAGCUCGUUGAGAUCUGUCAGCAACUCCUUAUCUGGUCUCUUCUACAGAAGAGCUCAUUGUAGAUGAGACUUUUAUGUGGCUUGCUCGGUCUAAGACGACGCGGGGCGGUGUGUUUAUCAGUGUCAGGUGGUCGGCGAGGGCGAGCGUUGUGCAGUGCGGCGGGCAUGAAGCUGGUACAGUUCUGUCGCCAUGGGGAUGGCAGCGGUGGUGGGGGUGUGCAGGUCGGGGUGGAGCAGGCGGACGGGCAGGGCAUCAUUGACCUGAAGGCCUUUGACUCCUCCAUGCCAACCACCAUGAGGGAGUUCCUGGAGAUGGGCGACAAGGCCAUGGAGUGUGCACAAAGGGCUCUGUCAAGUGGCCAGUGUGUGGUAGCGCGGUCGGAUGUGAAGCUGCUGUCGCCGGUGACGGCCCCAGAGAAGGUGGUGUGCGUGGGCAUGAACUACAGGGACCACUGCCUGGAGCAGAACGCCCCCAUCCCCAAGGAGCCCAUCAUCUUCAGCAAGUUCCCAUGCGCCAUCACGGGGCCCUACGAUGACAUCCUCCUGCCCAACGAGAGCCAGGAGGUGGACUGGGAGGUGGAGCUGGCAUUUGUAAUUGGACGCAAAGGGAAACACAUCAAGGAAGAGGACGCCCUCUCGCAUGUGGCAGGGUUCACGGUGGCUAAUGACGUCAGCGCCCGUGACUGGCAGAUGAAACGCAACGGGAAACAGUGGCUGCUGGGAAAAACCUUUGACACCUUCUGUCCCCUGGGACCCGCUUUGGUCACAACUGGGAGCGUGAAAGAUGUGCACAAGCUGGCUGUGCGGUGUCUGGUGAAUGGUGCUGUGGUCCAGGAGAGCAACACGGACCAGAUGAUCUUCCAGACGGAGAAGCUGGUGGCCUGGGUCUCUCAGUUUGUGACCUUGGUUCCUGGAGAUGUGUUUCUGACCGGCACUCCUCCAGGCGUAGGAGUGUUCCGGAAGCCUCCAGUGUUCCUUAAGAAGGGGGAUGUGGUGGAGUGCCAGAUUGAGGAGAUUGGGGCCAUCCGUAACACGGUGGUGUGACAGGAGCCUUCUGCCUUCCCUUCUGCAGCAGCGCACUGCAGCAGCCGCCUGAUUUAAAAGUGCCAUUAUCUCCAGCGUUGCCCUCUUCCCUUCCUCUCUGUCUUCUCCUCUCCUCUCUCUACACACACACACACACACUUUCUCCCUCACAUGUACACACACUUGCAGAAUCUCUCUCGCGCACACACACACACACACACCAGGGGCUGGUGGUUUUAUAAGGAGUGGAGACACCACGGAGCCUACAUUUUUCUUUACAGCUGUUGUAAAUUGCCAGCCCAGCUUGUAAUAUUGAGGUAUUUUAGGUGUUGUAAAAUUGAUACAUUUUUACAGCAGCGCCGCCGCCGGUGCUUCUGUAUCCUCGAACAAAAUGUCUGUGUGGAGCCAAGUGGCCGACCGUCGGCAAAGAAAAGAGAAGAGCACUACUAUUAGGUGGUGUCCUGUAAUGCGAACACCUCACCUCACUGUGAGUUUUUACACACAAGCUUUAUGAUCGAUGACCUCUCCAAAGAGAGGGGGUUCUAAUGAGUCUAUAAAAAUGAGCCGUUUUCAAACCCCACCUGUGACCCAGCUCCUGAUGGACCAUAAACAUGGGACACCUUGGAAAUGACACACUCAAGGCCUUUUAGAAGGAGCCUUGUUAUUGUCAACCAUGUGAAAUACAGCCCGCCUAUAAAUCUUGAGAACGUUUAUACGCUGAUCAUGGACAAGAGGUAUUUGGUCACUAGAGAGAGCACUUCUUGGGCAGCUUUGUUGUUAGACUGCAAAUUUGUCUAGAUAUGGUAAUGCGUUUUGUUGAUCGAAAAUAAAUAUCUUUUUAAAGGACAUUGUAAA